AUGGAAUCAGCGUCGCAACUGGAAGUUGAACUAUCAGCCCGAGCGGCAGAAGGCUCCAAAUCAUCUGCCGAAAAUGAAGCCAUAAUUCUUGUGACUGGCGAAAAUGAUAAAAUCCAAAUGUCAUCUUUCAAUAUCGGAGCUCUACGGGUAGUACUACUCGAAACCCCUGGGAUAACCAGUUCAUACAUCCCGUCCGUCAUUUCUGACGUCGAAGAGUUCUUGGCUAAAUCCUUCCCCGGAAAGAACCUAUCGGGGAUAAUUUACACCCAGCGGAUCGAUAAUGAGUUCCAAAAGCCAUCACUCGCCCCACGCACCAUAGAAGCGGUGAAAAGCCUUCUUCCGGGAGGGAUAUUAGAUCACUCAAAAGUUUGUUUAGUUACAAAUCGUUGGGGAUCGCCGGGUACUGGUAGUGGUUUGGCUAGGGAGCAAAGGUAUACGGGUAGCGAGGGCGCGUGGAUGGAGUUAUGUGAUUCUGGAGCAAAGUAUUGCAGGCUGAAAUACUUUUACCUGCCGAAACAACAGAUAGAGGCUGAUUCUGCGGUUUAUGAGAUAGUUGAGUGGGUUCUUGGUAGAAUACCCAACAUUACUUCUCGGAGCGGCGGAUCUCGUGCAGCAGAAAAACCAACGGAUCCGUCUUGCGACGUACCUAAGAAGAAUGCCCGACAGGUUAAGAACUCACCCGGAAAGCCCACCGAUUCUGGCAAGCCAAUGAUCGGUAGUAGUAUAGGUAAAUUGAAGGGUGGGCUUGGGGCCAAUGCACUGAUGAAAGCCGUGGAAUGCAAUUACCCGCAGACCACAAAGUUGCUCCUCGAAGCCGGGGCAAACCCAAAAAGCACGGAACCCGGAACCUCGACGACAGCACUCCAUCUCGCGGCGUCCUUGGGACGUGAGAAGAUUGUUAAAUAUCUGCUAAAAUAUAUAAACGACAAAGAAGAAGUCAACAAGAGUGACGACAACGGGGAUACGCCAUUGCAUCGGGCAUGCGUCAAUGGGCAUUACAAGUGUGUUAAGCUACUGCUUAAAGGUGGUGCUAAGGUUGAACUAGCUGACAGGGUGGGAGCUUUGCCGUUACAUCACGCUCUUAUGAAGCGAGACUGGAAAAUUGCGGGGAAGUUGAUUCGAGCGGGAGCGAAUAUAGAUAGAGAGGACUUGGAAGCCUUGCAGUUGAAUCGGGACAUGCUCUUGGAUUUAACGAAGUCAAAGGCACUGGAUAGGAAGCAUCGUUUUUUGGAUAAGGUUCUGGGGUGUUUGGGCAAACGAGUUCGAGGUGAUAGCCACCAAAAAGCAAGAAGGCGUUAA